CCUUGUCCAGUGGGGUCACAUUGGGUCAGGUCCUGAGAUUCACACAGGCAGUGCCCUGCAACUGGAGCUUCAACCUUUGGCCAACCAAAACUGGGAUAUCUCCAACCAAAACUAGGUAUGCAACCGUCAUUGAGCAACACACAGUUGGAUACAUCAACAGAAACAACGAAAAUCUUGGGACGUCUCCCGAAUUUCAUCCCCAAGACAUCCACCAUUUGCUGUUUCACAGUUGCACCAUGUUGCACCAUUGUCUUGGCACUUAUAUUAACUUAUAAGGCCUGUAGGCUUGGAGGAAAAGCCUCCGACCCUCCUGGGGCCACGCAGAUUGGUCCUGACAGCUUCAAGAACGCCUCGACUAUUCCGGCCAGCUUCAAUGAGUUGGAUGCGCCCAUCUCGCAUGAAGGUAUCUGUAUGCCCAACGAUCGCUUCGAUGACGCCUGGAGCUUAUCUGCCAAGUGCAUGGAGAAGGAUGUGGUGCUUGGAAAGACCACCCGCAUCAACGGCCUCAACGGUUGGAUCGCGGCUUUCUUCGGUCUCUUCGCCGUCUUUGUGGCCGGGCAGCUCAUCGACACCACCGGGCGCCGGCCAGUGCUGAUCGCCUUCCUGUCGUCGAACAUCGUGGUGAAGGCCCUGCUCUUUGUCUCUUGUUUCGUGCCCUACAACGUCUUUGUGGUAUUUCUGUUCCUGCAGAAUGUCAUCGAGGUGGCCUUUGCAGCUGGUGUUGAACCUGCAUUGAAUUCCAUGAUCGCAGAUCGCUCGCGUGGCAACGAAGAUAUUCGUGGUGAUGGAUUUGCUGCGUUGGGAGUCAUCAUGCAUCUCUCAGAUGUUCUGGCUUUUCUAGCUGGCUAUCCAGUCUUACGUCUACAUCUCACCGAUUACUCCAUUUUCUGGGGCCCUUUGACUCUGGUGAGCAUCAUUGCAUACAUCGUCUUCAAUUUCGUGCCUUGCUCUGCUCUCAGCGAGACGCUUCCUCAAAGCGACCCGGAGCUGGCUGAAGAGGCAGGGGCCAAAAAAGGUUGUGCAAGAUGUGGGUAUGCGUUUGUCCCCAAAACAGUCAAGCAAUGCUUCAGCAUAUUGUGUUCAGAGACCAUUGCUGGCUUCAAGAUGGUCUGGGCAGAUCCUUUCUUGAUGCAAUUUCUGGUCAUUUGGGCUAUCACAACGAUGGCCAUGACCGGAUCUUGGAACCUCUCAACCCAAUACCUGCUGGGCUUGGGUUAUGAGCAGGCGAACGCCUCAUUAGCUCGCCCCGCCUGGCAUCUGGCUCUGGUCUGCGGGGCCGCCAUGAGUCCUUGUGUCAUCAGGCAUUUGAAUGCGACCGGUGCAUAUAACCUCGCCCUUCUGAUGAUGGCGGUUGGUUUUUUCUGGUGUGGCUCAGGAGGUCAUGAUCUGCAGCAUGCGAGCCUCUUCUUUUGUGUAGGCACCGUGGUCUUUGGAGGCAUCGGGGUCGGCAUUUUGACGCCCAGUUUCAAUGCCGUAAUCAGCAUCCGGGUGAGCGAUAAGGAGCAAGGCAAGCUGUUUUCACUGGUGAUUGUUUUGAACACGAUUUGCGGCUUAGCUUUUGGACAGUUCUGGCCGCAGUUGUUUUAUAAACCUGAAGCCGCUGAUUGGAUGAAGGGUUUGCCUUGGAUCGCUUCGGCCAUGGUCUUCCUCCUUCUCUUCAUCUGGAUCAGUCUCUUGGUUUCCUUCUGCAACAACGCAGCUCAGAAGCCCGAGAGCGAUUGUGGGGAG